AUGGCGGGAGGCCAAGGAAACAAGGUCCGCCAGGCAUUCCAGAUGGAGGCCGAGAUCGACAAGGCAAUGAACACGGACGGGCCCAACCACGUCUCCAUCCAGCGACUGGGCGGAGCGUACUCAAAGCAGGCGCGCCUACGGGCCUCGCACCAUGGCGAUAGAAGCAAGGAGGGCCAGAACUGCGGCUACUGUGGGGGGAGACACUCCCCAGGGAGAAAAAAAUGCCCAGCAGGCAGAGCCACAUGCUCAAAAUGCUCUAAACCCGGACACUUCGCCACAGUCUGCAGAUCCAUGUGCCCCCCAGGGGCCGUCAGCGCAAGGUCCGUGAAUAGGACCGACGCGGAACCCGGGGGGGACCAGUCAGACAAAUCAACGGUCAUGUUCUACAACAUCCUCGCCGUAACCAGUAACAGGGAACGCACCAACGCACCACCCGCGCUCUCCGCCAUCCUGGAGGUUGGAGAGGCCCAACUCCAAGCCAUUGUGGACACUGGCGCCCAGGCAAACGUGGCCCCAUUGAGGCUCAUUGGAGCAUUCAACGAGAAAGCCCUGAAACACACCACAAUCACGGUCAGACCGUUCGGGAGUGAAGAAAUUACACCAUGCGGCAUCCUCCAGACUGAUACAAGCUGGCAAGGGGCCACAAUAUCAGCAAAAUGGAUCAUCAUCGACGACUCACUCCUACCCCGGAAAAUCGACCCAAUCAUUUCGCGGUCCUUGGCACAGUCCUUGGGCCUAGCCACCCUACAUCCAAACCUCAUACCAUUUGUCCGAUCCCCACCCUCCGCUUCUUAUAAAAAGACCCCCAGCUAUUUGCAUCCAAUUUACACGGGCCUCCGACCUGGCCCAACCCAGGCGGGGGGCGUAAAUCAAGGGGGGAAACAACUAGAUCAAGGCACCCAAGUAUUCAUGUCCAACCCCCGGUUCAAAGACUGUUUCAAAGGCCUGGGCUGCCUGAAAGACCACCACGUCCGCCUAUACCUGAAACCCGAGGCCAAGCCCUUCGUGGCCCCGCCCAAAGUUCAUGCCUUCUUCCUCCAACCCCAGGUGGACCAGACCAUCAAGGAGAUGCUCGCAAAUGGGGUGAUCGAGCCCCAUUGGGGGCCGGCCGACUGGGUAGCCAACCUGGCCAUCGCCUUCAAGGACGACGGAGCUCUCAGGGUGACGGUGGACCUGAGAGGCCUAAACAGAGAGAUCCGCGAUACCAGGGUGCCCAUCCCAACACCCGACAGCAUCAAGGCAAAGCUAGCCGGAUGCCGAGUCUUUUCAAAGCUCGACUUCACCCAAUCAUUUCACCAACUCCAGCUCCACCCAGAGUCGCGCGCUCUGACUGUGUUCCGGUCGGUGGGGCGCCUGUACCGAUAUACGAGAGUAUCCAUGGGCCUAAAGCCAGCUUCAGGCGCACCAGCUGCAGCAUGCCAAAAGACUUUCGGUCACCUUGACCACGUUCAUACCAUCCAUGAUGAUGUCAUCAUCGCUGCCCCCUCAAAACAACAACACGACAAAGCUAUUACGGAAUUCAUGGAGGCCGUGAGGAAGUCGGGAAUGACGUUGAACCCGGCCAAAUGCACCAUUGGGGCCAAGGAGAUCGCCUUCUGGGGAGUCAGAGUGUCCGAAUGGGGAAUAUCCCCCGACCCUGAAAAAACGCGCACCCUUAGGGAAGCAAAGGCCCCGACCUCCAAACAAGACCUCGUCUCCUUCCUCUGCAUGGCCCGAUCACACCAGGACUUCAUCCCCUCGGUGGCUGGGAAGACGCCUCACCUACGAGCACUCACCAAGAAGCACGUCCCCUUCAGAUGGGACAGACCCCACCAGAGGGAAUUUGAGGCACUACGAGGCGCCCUAUGCGAAGACAUACGCCUGACCUUCUUUGACACAAGGCUCAAGACCCACCUCAUAGUGGACGCACACAGCCAAGGACUGGGCGGAAUCCUUGCCCAGGGCGACACCGUCCAGACGGCCAAGCCUGUGGCCAUGGCAUCCAGUUCAACGUCGCCAACCGAAAAAAAGUACCCUCAAUUGGAUCUCGAAGCUCUGGGGGUCGAUUUUUGCCUGCGCAGGUUCCGCCCAUAUCUCCUGGGAAAUCCCCAUGUUAUAAUUCACACGGAUCACAAGCCCCUAGCAUCAGUAUUCCGUGACACAAGGCUGGGAUCGAUCCGCACAGACCGCAUAAAGCUCCGCCACCAGGACAUACAAUACCAAGUCCAACACCUGAAGGGGGCUGACAACCCAGCCGACUAUCUAUCGCGCAAUCCCACCCCGUGGACCAGCCUCUCGAGGGAGGUCCAAAGUGAGGCAGAUGAGAGCGAAAAACUUCUGUACCACCUCCAUUGCACCGACAUCAUACCGGCCCUGGGGCCCAACAGGGUGGCGGAGGCAGCAUCCAGAUGCCCAGAAACGGCGGCCCUCAGAGCCCACCUAGAAAGCGGCACCAUACCCAACAAAGGGGACCCUCUACGUCACUACAAACCCAUCUUCAGAGAGCUGACCAUCUCUUCUCAGGGGAGUGUCCUUCGGGGGGAACGCCUUGUGGUCUCCAUGCCACUCCGCUCGGAGCUCGUGGCACUGGCAUAA